GCAGUUCUCUCUCUUUCUUGGGUUUCUUCCAGUUUAUCAUCAUAUAUAUUCUCUCUGUUUGUUAGAGAGGGAGAGGGAGAGGGAUCAGGGAGAUAGAGAGAGGGAAUUGCAGUUGAAAUGGUGGAUCUCCAGACGGUGUGUUGCAUGUGCGGCGAUGUGGGUUUCCCUGACAAGCUCUUCCGCUGCUACAAAUGCCGUAACCGCUUUCAACAUUCGUACUGCAGCAACUAUUAUAGCGAAUUUUCUGGGCCAAUAGAAGUGUGCGAUUGGUGCCAAAGCGAGGAGAGAAGUACCAAACACGGGAGCUCUUCCAAGAAAUCAACAACCGGACACGAACCCGGCGGAGUCGGUAGGCGAUCCGAGUAUUCGGUUGACAAAAUCAAGAAUCACGAUCGCCAAGAAAGCGGCAGCGGCUGGGGCAGCGCAGAGAAGACGAGGAUUCCCGGCGGCGGCGUACCUUCUCCUCGGUCAGGUACGAGGAGGUACAAGCUUCUCAAGGAUGUUAUGUGCUAGAAAAAAGGAAUUAAUAUAAGCCAAAAAAAAAAAUCUUCAAAAGAAGGGCAAGAAGAAGAAGAAGAAGAAGAAGAAGAAGAAGAAGAAGAAGAAGCAACUGCGUUUUGAUGCUAGUAAGUGUGUGUCUAUUGUAAGCCUUUCUUUGCGUGCUAUGUUUUUCAGGGAGUUUUGUAAAUAAAAAUAAAACUUUUUAUGAAUCCAAUCGGUGGCACAAGUUUUUAGGUCUUU